AUGCCAACGCUGCGGGACGUCUUUAUCGCCGCCCUCAAGUCUUUGCUGCGAGGCAAGACCUUCCUCCAGGCCCUGCUCGCCUUCUGGAUGAGCCCUGCGGCAAUCAAGGACGCCGCACCCGCGUCCGCUAUACCCAAAGGAGCCGACCUGGCCUCCAAACCGCACAGGAGCCCCGAGGACUUCCUCGCCGAGGCCCAGGAGCUGCUGUUGCACCCCGUCCGCCCCGACGGCCUGAGGGACUUCUCGCGGGCACUGAAGGCACAGUUCAGGGAUGGCCUGCUAAACAACCCGGCCUGCAUGCUGCCCUCUUACAACCACCAGCUCCCAAGCCGCUCAGAACAUGGCCACUAUCUCGCCCUCGACGUCGGCGGCUCAACGCUACGCGUGGCCCUGGUCGAGCUGCGAGGCCGCGAGGCCCGCGGCAGUGAGAGCCGCAUCGCCCGCCUGGAUUCCUUCAGGAUAGACCCGGCCAUCAAGAAGCUGAGGGGCACUGCCUUUUUCGACUGGAUGGCCCAGAGGAUAGUGGACACGGUGUCCCAGGCCCUGGAGCACGACAACAGCCCCGAGGAGCCCCUGCUCAUGGGCCUGGCAUGGAGUUUCCCAAUCGAGCAGACCUCCCACAAGGGCGGCAAGCUGCAGGGCAUGGGCAAGGGCUUCCUGGCGGCCGAGGGCCUCCUCGGCCACGACCUCGGGGACAUUAUCAGGACCGCCUGCAGGACAAAGGGCCUUCACGUCGAGCUGGCCGCCAUCGUGAACGACUCGUCCGCCUGUCUCUUGUCCGAGGCCUACCUCAACUCAUCCACGCGCUUCGGCCUGAUACUGGGCACCGGUGUUAAUAUUGCCGUUCAUCUUCCCAUUCCCACCAUUGGCAGGGAAAAGUUCGGCAGCCGGCCGGACUUCUGGUUCGAAAAGGCAAGCCACGUUAUCGUUAAUACGGAGCUCGGCAUGUUUGGUAAGGGCAUCCUGCCGGUGACGCGGUGGGACAGGGCCCUCAACGCCGCCCACCCAAAACCCGACUUCCAGCCCUUGGAACACAUGGUCAGCGGCUUUUACCUGGGCGAGAUGUGCAGGCUCGCCCUCAUCGAGGCCAUCGGCUCAACCGGCGUGCUGGGCGGCGUCGUGCCCCCAUCGUUGCAGCUGCCUUAUUCUCUCGACUCGGAAACAAUAUCUCUGAUAGAAGCAGAUACAUCAGCGUCGCUGAAACCAUCAAUAACCAUGUUCCAAUCCCGCCACCCCUCACCCGUCGCGCCAACCACAGCAGACGUCGCAUUCAUCCGCUCCCUCGCAUCGUACAUAUCACGGCGCUCCGCCGCCAUCGUAGCGUCCUCGCUCUUUGCCCUCUGGCAGUUCAAGAACGAGGCCGAGGCCGACCUCCUGACCUCCUCGUACCCGGGCCGGCCGCACUUCGCCGCCGCCGCCGCGCGGGGCGAGCUGGCCCUCGACGACCACGUGGUCGCCUUCAACGGGUCCGUCAUCGAGCACUACCCGUGCUACCUCCAGAACUGCCAGGGCUACAUCGACGGGCUCCUCUCGUCCGUCGGCGCCAGGCCCGGCGCCAUCAGCCUUGCGGGCGCCAAGGAGAGCUCUCUGCUCGGGGCGGCGGUCGCGCUGGCUUGUCUGGAGGAGGGCAAGGCGAAUUGA